GCCAGGGAAAGGGUUUGCCAGGGGGGCCGAUUUGAAAGUCGGGCGUUUAAGAUGGCGGAAAUCGAGGAAGAAGCUGGGAUGGGUGAAGAUUUCAAGAAGCCGGUCCUCCCUCCGCUGUUCCCUUUGCGGGAAAAGGAGGCUACUGAGGCAGCUCUCCGUCCUCCGGCGGGGCCCGCCCAAGGUCCCUGUCCGCCCGCGCCGCCCCUUUGCUAUCAGGAGCCUCACUGGGGCGGCUGUCCGACCGAGGACUCCUCGCUCUACAGCCUAGAGACGGUGAAGGGCGGUGCGGUGCUGGGGAGCGUCGGCCUGGGCGGCCAGAGUUGGUUCUUGGUGGGGCGCGCUCCAAGCUGCGACCUCUCCCUGGCACACCCGUCGGUGUCGCGGCACCACGCCGUCAUCCAGCGCUGCCCCCCGCUCCCCGCCGGGGAGGAACGGCAGGCUCCCGAGCCUGGCCUCUACGCCUACGACCUGGACAGCGCACACGGGACCUUUCUGAACAAAGCACGCAUCCCGCCCCGCACCUACUGCCGCGUCCGAGUUGGCCACGUCCUGCGCUUCGGGGGAAGCAGCCGCCUCUUCGUCUUGCAGGGCCCAGAGGAGGAUCAAGAGCCUGAAUCAGAACUAACUGUCACCCAAUUAAAAGAACUGCGCAAGCAGCGACAGGCAACAUUAGAGAAAGCGAUGCUGGGUGAUGAUUCUGAUGAAGAAGACAAAAAAGAAAAGGAUGAACAGAGAAGUGAAAACAGUUGGAGUAAUGAUUUGAGUUGCUCUUGGGGAAUGGGUGAAGAUGCAGAGGAAGAGGAGGGUGAAGAAAAUCCAAUCGCAAUUGAGUUUCAAGAAGAACAAGAAGCCUUUUAUUUGAAAGAUCCUAAGAAGGCACUGCAAGGGUUUUUUGACAGAGAAGGUGAAGAACUAGAGUAUGAAUUUGAUGCCCAUGGAACUGGCACCUGGCUUUGUAGGGUGAAGCUGCCCGUAGAUGAUGUUUCAGGAAAGCAACUUGUGGCAGAGGCCAUUCAUUCUGGGAAGAAAAAAGAAGCAAUGAUCCAGUGUGCACUGGAAGCUUGCAGAAUACUGGAUGCGAGGGGUGUGCUGCGGCAGGAGGCAGUGUCACGGAAAAGAAAAGCAAAGAAUUGGGAAGAGGAAGACUUCUAUGAUAGUGAUGAUGACACAUUCCUUGAUCGGACUGGAGUUAUUGAGCAGAAAAGGCUGAACAGAAUGAAGAAAGCUGGGAAGAUAGAUGAGAAACCAGAAACAUAUGAUUCAUUGGUUGCAAAAUUAAGUGCAACUGAGAGAGAACUGUCUGAGAUAGCUGACAAACUGAAAUCUUCAAGGACAGUGCAAUCCCAGUCAGCAGCUCAAGAUUCUUUGGAUGAAUUUAUGACUGAAAUAAAAUCAGGAUGUGCCUUAGACAGCGUGGCUCGUAAAAAGCUUCACUUGCGGACCUUUGAACUGAGGAAAGAACAGCAGCGUUUGAAAGGGUUAAUAAAGAUGGUCACUCCUGCGUCGCUGCCAGACCUGAAAUCCCAAACUGGAAAUCAAGAUCUGGGAACUGAAGGCAAGCCUAAAAAACUAACUUUGCCUCUGUUUGGUGCAAUGAAAGGGGGAAGCAAAUUCAAGCUGAAAACUGGGACUGUUGGGAAGUUUCCUGUGAAGCGACCAGAUAUCCCUGUAAACCUAUUAAAUAUGAAAGAUGAGGAGCCAGAGGAGGAGGAGGAGGAAGAAGAAGAGGAAGCAAACAUGAAGGCAGCAGAACAAGGCACACAAAAAGCAGAGAUGAAAACUACAGCACAACAAGGAAGUCUCCUGCCUGGUUCUUACUUGCACAGCAAUGAAGAUAUGGAAUUAAUUUCUAAGGGAAUAAUGCCUCUGUCUGAGCCAUUGCAAGAAGAUGCAACAAGACCAGAGAGCAAGUCUGCAGCCAAGGCAUUGCAAAAGAAAUCACAAGCAUCUGAGAAACCUACAGAAAAGUCCCAGAAUAAGAAAGCUAAUGUUGACAGCAAGGUUCAACACACAGUGUCCUCACAAUAUCCAGAAGAUGACCCAGACUACUGCAUGUGGAUGCCACCUGAGGGUCAAAGCGGUGAUGGUAGAACAUAUCUGAAUGCAAAAUAUGGCUAUUAAACAUCAGAUGGUAGCUUUGGGACAUAAAGGACUGCGGCACAGCAUUCAAUAGAUGACUGUAUUGUGAGCAAGCAAGCAACGGAUCUUGUUCAUUAUUUUUAAACUCCUUUUUGUGAUUCCUUAAACUUGCCUGCCAACUCUUCUUUUCUCCUCUAAGUGUAUAUAUUGCGUGUUAAACUUGUAUGUAGAUGUGAAAGCUAUGGUUUGACAUACUUAUGUACAGCAAGGUUGGAUUUCUACAAUAAAAAUCAGGAAGCCUUA